GUGUAUGUACAGAACCGACAACUCCUGAAUAUGGAUUUCCUCUGACGGAGUCGAAAGCGUCAUACCCAACAAACGCUACCUAUGAUGUGCUCUGCCUACCAGCAUACACUAUAACGGGGGAGGGAACUCUUACAUGUCUUAGCACAGGGAAUUGGAAUAAUGACCCACCCACCUGUACACCAUCAGAGGGUACAUACCCUUGGUGGCUUCUUCUGGUGCUGGUAGUGGUUGUCAUCAUUCUCAUACCCUGUAUUGCCCCGAGGAUCAUCUUCUGUUGCUGUUGCAGGAAAAGCGACGCUAAGGCAGGUAAAAACAACGACGGUUACAAUCACGAACCGGAUGAAGAAAGUGACGAUGAGUACGAUUAUGAAAGUUGGGGACCGGCGGAGGAAAUGACGGACUAUGGUAGGGGCAAGAGGACCAAUAUGGACGUCAUGCACAUGGUCCAUCCUAAUAUGGACAAACAUCAGUUCGCGAAGGCUACUAAGAAUGCCAACUUCUAACGUACCUCGGUGGUUACUAUGACAACAACACCAAACUUUCGAACUCAAUAGAGUGAAUACCAAUAUCAUUUGAAGUGUGGUAGACAAAUACCAGCAAAUUAACAAUAUAUUUACAUGUAGGAGAUGAUCUCCGGACAAAUUAUUAAAUAGUGAAAUAAACAAAAUGCAAUAACUUCUGUAAGAGUAAAUGACUAAAAAUUCUUUUCAGUAAAAACAACUACAUAUAAUGCAUUUCCAAGUUUCGAAGAAAUGGUCAAAAAGUACACCGGACGGACAGAUUGGUAGACGACGCCAUGAAAUGUACUCCUGUCCAAAUCCAAUUGUCCCAAACACUAUGUCUUUCAUUGAACUUUGGAAAAUAUCAUAAUCUGUUAAUUGAACAGUUCUGAGAAAGUUGAUUGCUUCAAUCGACACACAUGCAGCGAGUAUAUUAAAGUAUUGCAUUAACACAA